GUUGUUAUUUUCAAUAGCAAUCAAAAGUGUUGUUUACUUACAAUCAAAACAACAAAAAACGGUUUAUAACCCGAAAACCGAAACCCAAUUAAUACCCAAAACUGGUUUUGGAGUCAAAUCACGUGACGGAUUGGUUGAGACCAUCGGAUCCGAUGAGCGAAGAAAACACUCCUCCAAACAAAGACAAAGACAAACGCCGGACAACAACCACAACAACAACAACAACACCGACGAUGAAAGUGAAUAUCAAAAGCUGGACAUCGGUGGCCACGUGGCGCUGGAUCGCCAACGACGACAACUGCGGCAUUUGUCGUAACGCGUUUGACGGCUGCUGUACGGACUGCAAAAUGCCCGGCGAUGACUGUCCGCUGGUGUGGGGCCAGUGUUCGCACUGUUUCCACAUCCACUGCAUCAUGAAGUGGUUGAACUCACAGCACGUGCACCAACUGUGCCCGAUGUGUCGCCAGGAGUGGAAGUUUAAGGAGUAGUAGUAUUGGUGGUGGUAAUGGUGUGGACAACAGUACCCGUUGGCCGCCAUCACCAGCUCGUAGUCCACACCCGCAGUCCACCCGAUUGCGAUGGUGUGUGGCUUUAGUUGUAUAUAUCGGGCCAUUUGUUUGGGC